CUCAGUAAAAGAAUGAUGUGAACGUCAAUUUAUUUACACGCCAUUAAAAAGGCAAUUCUCAAUUGUGUGUUGUGUCUCAUCUGACAUAACCUUCCCACCUUACCCAACAAUGAAAAUACCAUUUCAACCAUAUAAUACACACUCUGCAACUCUCUGUACAUAAAAGCCUAACUCUGAAUACAGAAAACUUCUUUGUUCAAUCUCAGACCAAAAUAUAGGAGGAACUCCUCAUCACUAAACUCGCUUCACACGGAUAGGAUGGCAACAAAACCAGAUUUCGCGCAGAAACUGCUGCAUGACCUACGGCUUAGGAAGCAGCGAAUGGCCACUGCUCAGAACUCAGAUAUGUACGGAAACUCGAGGCAAAACUUAAAAGGAUCCAGGGGAACAAAGAUACUUGAGACAGUUGGUCCGAAGAUUGGAAGCAGGUACAGGAGUAGCAGUAAUAGCCAGAAAUCCCCUGGAACUACACAGACUGCUAAUCAGAUGGUCCCUUAUGCUGGAGGCCAACAUUCAGGACAAGUGGCCGACCUAUCUAUGGCACUAUCCUAUGCUUUUGAUAACAGAGGGAAACUCAAAAGAUUAGACAUUGCAAGCAACGGUGCAAUGAUGAAUUUGUUGCAGCAAAUAGGAAGGAGAUCAAUGCAGCAAAGUCUAGACAUCCAAUGGCAAUCAGCAAACCAAUUUCCAACCCUUACGCACCUCCACAUUGAUGAGAUAGCAAAGGGAGCCCGAAAAUUGAAUCAAAUACUUAGAGCCUGCUCUAGUGGCAUCAACAUAGAUGAAGGCUCCAUAGAUAUUGGGAAAGAUCUUUGGAAAGGAGCAAUGGAGUUGGAACAAUCUCUCAGAAUGCUUGUGAGCUUGCAGGAAGCGUCAGAAAACACAAUGAGCCAAAAAAGGAAAAGCCGCCUUAAACUGCUUGAUGAAAAUGGAGAUAGUGAGGAUGACAGCACUGUCAGCUCAGAGAAACAAAAGCAGGUAGAGCGACCAGUGUUCUCAUUUGACAAGCCUACUAAGAACUCUAAAGCAAGUGUACAGACAGAUUUGCAGAAAAAGCUUUUAGCUCUUCCUUACCUAGAGGAUCCAAAUUCUAAUCCUGAGAGGAACAAAUCCAUGACCCCUAAAGGCACUCAUAGGCGUUCUGCUAGCUGUGGUUCAGAAAUCCAAUCAUCGCAGCUAACAAAUUCCUCAAAACCGAAACACAAUGCAGCUAGACUUCCUAAUGUUGUUGCAAAGUUAAUGGGACUUGAGGAGCUUCCACAGAACAAAGUUGCCACAGACAGUCCAUUUUCCCACCAAGGAUCAAGGGAACUGGUUUCGGUUCAUACUGCUGAAAGAAACUUCAAAAGUGCUGGCUUAAACACAGAGUACACUAAAAAUGCCAAAAUCCAAGUUAACCAGAACAAAGUGCACAGCAACAAAAUAACAAUACUGACAACUCAUAAAAUACAGCUGCAAGAAGAAACAUACAGAUCAACCAAUAGUCAAAAAAUGAUAACUGGUCCAGUGAAACCAAGGUGGAAUGAGGACGAAGGAGAGGGAAUCAAAGACUACAUAAAAGAGUCAAAAGCAGCUAUCCUCAAAAUAAACGAACUGCAAAGUAAAACUAUUCACUUGAACCAGGAUGGUGAGAGCCAAAAAGACAUCAGAAAGGAGGCAAAAGUCAGAAGCAUUAAACAAAGGCAACAAGAAGUCGCAUAUGCCACAGAAACAUUACAAAGAAUGGUAAUGCCAGAAAAUAGAAAUUUGAUCGUGGCAGAAACAAUGCAGUCCUAUACACCUGAUAACUCAAAUGCUCGUGAAACACCAAAGACAGCAGCAACUAAACCCCUAAUUCCUCAACAAAAGCAGAACCGAGAUAUCCUCAACAUGUCAUAUGAGCCUCAAGGAAAGAAGCCGAAAGCAGACAACAGAAGCCAGCUGGGGGAAAGAAAAAAGGAAGGCAAUGCAGAAAAUGUACAAAACUCGAGAACUAUAGGAAGAGAAUCGAAGCAUAUGCAGAAACAGCUGCCCAUCAAGCAACCAAAUGCUGGAAAGAAAAACGCAGAAGACAUUGCUCUGGCAGAUUCAAAAGCAGCAUUAUUGAGCAGCAGGCAAAAAGAAAAUCCAGUCAGAGAUGGCAACUUCAUGAGCUCAGAAGAUAAAAGAAAUAGCUCAGCGAGUUUGAGAUCAGAUGAAGAUGGCUCCUCAACAGAUGGGCUAUCUGAAUCACACAUGACAGAAGUUUGUGCUAGGCCAAAUAUCGAUGCCAAGUGUACCCAUGAUUCACCCAAAAAGGUGGUAGGUGACAUAAGACCACCCAAAAUUAGGCCUAAGCCUGUGGUGAAGACAAAAGAAGAUAUCACAAAGACAGUCACAACAAGGACAGCAGCUAGGGCAUUAAGGCCUCAGAGACCAACAUCGUACAGACUGAAGCAAAACAAGGUUGACAAGAUCAAUGUUUCAAGGACAGCAGCAGAGGCAAAUGAAAGCAUAUCAAAACCAACUGAAAGCAUACCAGAAAAUCAUGAUACGAGCAAGCCGCCUGUAUAUGAGGAAUCUCAACAAAAUGUAGAAGUUGAACAGACAAGCACCAAAAAUCAUACAAUCAGAGACAAACCUUCACAAAGGCUGAAGAGAGUUAAUACUCCAGCUGACAAGGAUGAGAAUACUGUAUCAACAGUCAUUGAAGAUCAAAGAGAAAAACUGGUACCUGAUGAAGCAGAAAUCAUGCACCAAAUAACAGAAAAGGAUGGCCAAGAGGAUUGCAAUAAUAACUCCUGUAAUCAACAACAGAAGCAGCAGAAGCCUAUAAAGAUGGUAAAACAAGAGCCACUCACAGAAGAUGAGCUGUUCUUGAAGCAGAAACUCAUAAAGAGCCACCUUAUUCUCAACACAGCAGAAGCUCUCUUCAAGCUUAACAUUCCCAUCAGCAUUCUUAAUUAUGCAAGUGAUCAAAAUUGUGAAGAGAAAGAUAGCAAGAUCAUACUGGACUGUGGAUAUGAAUUGCUGAAGAGAAAAGGAAGGCAAGAAAUUUUCACCAAUAUCUUUAAGUUGAGGUCUCUGGAUGAUUUGGUGAGGCAACUGCACAAAGACUUGGAGGCUCUGAGAUUUUACGGAAGAAAUGGAAGGGAUGAAUAUGAUGAUUAUGCAAACUGUAUACUUAAACUCCUGGAGACUGAUAUUUACAACAGGCAUCCUGAUUUGAACUGCAUGUGGGACAUUGGCUGGAAUGAGACGACAUUUCCGUGUGCUAAAAUGGAUGAGGCUGUAGGUAUUAUAGAGCAGCUAAUGCUUGAUGAACUCGUGGAUGAGUUAGCAAAUGACUGCUUAUAAUUUCAUUGUAAAGCAUCUAAUGACGAAAAGUCUGUUUUUUUGGAAGCGAUUCAUAAGAUUUUCCCUUCACAAAUACACAUUCUGAUUUUGAGUUGUUGCUGAGAUUAGGAAGGCUUUCCAACCUUACAUUUUCAACCUAUCAAACUUUUUUAUCAAAAAUUUGUGAGGAAAAGCAAUUUCAAUGAUAUAAAGCCGUUUAUAAACCAUCACAAAAUCAGCAUAUCCAUUCAUGCAAUUUGCACCCUAAGGAGCUCUCACAUACCUUCUAAGAUUAAAAUUUACAAGUAUCCGCAGAUAUUCAGUUCAACAGUCCUUACUUAAGAUGACUCUUCUUACUGGGCUCAAGACCCACGGAAGCUGAGUUGGCAACUUGGCAGGCGGUAGAGAGGAAUCCAGGGUAGCCAUUGUUAAUAACAGGAUUGUAAAAAGUAAAAGUCGGCCACUGAGAGAGAAUCAGAGAAGUUUGAAGAGGUUGCAAACAUAGAGCUGUUUGCCUGUGUUUCAUUGUGAGGGUUAUAGUCGUCAAUAAAAACGAUCAA